AUGGGGGAUGACGGCGACCGCCGCGGCUCCGGGAGCGCCCGGGAGCUGCAGAAGCUCCGGCGGCAGGCGAUGCGGUACUACCAGGAGAACCAGGUCCCGCGCCGGCUGGAGGAGCUGCUCAACGCCACCUUCUACCUGCAGCCCGCCGACGUCUACGGGCACCUGGCAAACUGCUUGUCUGAACUGGCAACACCUCCCACCAUCUGCAAGGUAGUGGGGAAGAAUGUCCUGGACGGGCUGGGGUUUCCAACCCUGCAAGUGGAAAUCUUCUGCACCGUUCAGAAUUCCCCCAAGAACAUUUGUUCCACGGCGAUCUCCACACACUUUCAAGUGCAGGAGAACUCCCCGUCUGAGCUGCUGGAGGUGGAGGAGACGGAGCGGUCCGAGGAGGUGAGCACAGCCCUGCAGUGGAUCAAUGAAGAACUUUCAGAGCAGCUCCAGGGCCAGAGACCCUGCAACCAGGCCGAGGUGGACCAGCUGCUCAGGACUUUCUUUGAAGAAAAAGUACAAGAAGAUAAGGAGAAGAAAGAAUUGGAAAAGAAGAUAUCAGCCAUGCCCGUCCCUUCAGCUACAACAUCCUCCAUUCCACCAGCCAGAAAGAAAGGGCAGAAGGCAGGGAAGAAGGAAGCUCUGGUAGAGAAGCCCGUGACCCCCGCUGAGCCCGCCGAGCCUGUGCUCUGCGGGAGCCUGGCCAUCGGGGCCGUGUCCCUGGCCAUCGCCAAAGCCAGCGCGGUGCUGGCCCACAAGCCUCUGUACCUCAGCAUCGCAGCGCUGAAGCACAGUGAGGAGCCGCCGACCAAGCUCACGGUGCCUUUGCUGAUGGUCACUAUGCUCAGCUGCGGCAAGUCCUCACCGGGGAAGCUGAAUCUGAUGAAAGAAGUGAUUUGUAUCCCCCACCCGGGAUUAUCAGCUAAACAAGGUGUGGCGAUGCUUCUGGAAGUCCAGAAAUACAUUAACAGAAUGGAAAUGCUGCCUUCUCCAAAAACAGAGACCAAAAAAGGGCUUGAUGGAGGAAAACGAGGUCAGGCCCAGACCUCUAGCAGGAUAUCCCACCUGGGCUGUCUCACCAUGGGCUGUGACACGCUGGAGCAGCCUCUGCAACUCAUCCAAGGCAUCUGCACCAACCUGGGGCUGGAACUGGGAACCCACCUGCACCUCGGCAUCAACUGCGCCGCUCAGGAGCUCAUGGACUACAGUAAAGGAAAGUAUGAGGUCAUGAUGGGAACAUACAAAAACAUGGCUGAGAUGGUGGACCUCUACGUGGAUCUGAUCAACAAGUUCCCCUCCAUUAUCGCCUUAAUUGAUCCCUUCAGGAAGGAGGACUCGGAACAGUGGGAGAGCAUCUAUAACGCCCUUGGUUCCAGGUGUCACAUCAUUGCCGGCGCUGAGUCCAAAAGCAUCUCUAAGCUUCUGGAGGACGGAACCAUUAGCAACCCCAAGUCCAGCGGGCUGAUCAUCAGACACACAAACCAAACGACCAUGUCGGACUUGGUGGCGAUUACUGAUCUUGCGGAAAGUAAAAAGCUCAUCAGCAUCUUGGGAAGCGCAGAGGGAGAGUCCUGUGAUGACAGCCUCGCGGAUCUGGCCACUGGACUCGGUGUACGGUUUGUCAAGUUGGGAGGUCUUUCUCGAGGCGAACGGGUGACUAAGUACAACCGCCUUUUUGCUAUUGAGGAAGAACUUGUCCAGAAUGGAACACUGGGUUUAAAUGAAGAACACACAUUUUCUGACUUGAAUGAGGAAGAGCAACAGGAUGCAGCCACGCCUGAGGCUGCUGUCCGGGCUGAGGACCCGAAUGAAUCCCAGGAGCUUAUCUUCCCCACAGAAGUCCCCGAGCCAUCGGCCUGACCAGGAGCACCUUCUAGAAGCCGAUGGUCACAGCCACACUCACAGCUACCCCUUGAGUGUUGUGAGACCGAUAGGUCUCAAGUUUACUUCAUGUUGCUUCUGCAUGUACACUUGACUGUGGAAACUCUCUAUUCUCUACGUCCACUGUUGAGGCGAAUACAGUGCCCGUGCUUUUACCUGAAAUUGUGUCUGUGAACACUGUCUUAAAGCCAUUACAUUUGUGCAGGGAUUGUGUCAACACACCAGCUCCCUUCUCCAUUUGAAAACGGGGUGGGGUCAUCCUCUUGUAAAGAGGUUGUUAUUUUUGCCACCAACCCCACACUCAAUUCAAACAUUCUGACUUUGGGCUGGAGCGAUAGUACAGCAGGCAGGGUGCUUGCCAUGACGCUGGUGAUUUGGUAGAGGAAGACCAAACGUUGGCAGGGAGCAAAAUGCCAGUGUUGUAGCAUUUUGUCCCCCAAGCAACACCAGAGCACCACCAGGAGGAAUUCUUGAGUGCAGAACCAGGAGUAACCCCCGACCAUUGCCAGAUGUGACCCUCAAAUCAAAAUCAACAAAUAUUUUGACCUUAUACAUCAGAACAUUUCUGAAAACAAAACUGUAGACUCUGUGCCAGGAAGAGGCACACACCUUCUGUGCUGAUCUUACAGAAGUGCUCGAUCAUGCUAGAAGGCACCGCCAGCUACAUUUCUGCCACCGACCUCAGGCAGAAGUGCGAGAGUUUCAUUGUUUUUCACAAGCAUCCUCUUCCCUUCAAUACCCUCUUCCCUUUCUCUAAAUUUUAAUUUCCCUUACAUUACUUACAUCUUGGCAGUCUCUCCGUUGUUAACAAGAAUGGGUAAAAACUAAUCCACAUAUCAGCAAAUGAAUAUGAAUUUUCAUAUUAUACCAUUAAACAGGUACUAAAAGGUGAUGGAACAUAUAGGUUAACUGAAUCGUCUCUCUUGGAAGGUGUAAUUGGGGUUAUAGCAAUGGUGACCUAAAUAAACCCGUUUAAAUACAUAUCUUUAGAUCUAUUAUUAUCUAACUGCUUUAUCUGGCUUAGGGCCCCUGUUAAAAGUUACCAUUUGCUUUUCCCCAAAAUUAUAUAAACUGCUAUG